AAUUUUAAUUUUAAAACCUGCUGCAUGCAUUAUUUUAAAAUGCUAUCAAAGUGCUCAAUUAUGUCACUCAAUUCAUUUUUACUUAAAGAGGUAGGGGCUAAAUGGAGCAGAUUGGGCCACUGUCUAAAAUAUGUUUGGUUAGCGGUGAGUCGGUCGGUCGGAUAAAAUAUUUUCCCGAAAAAUUACAAAAAUACUAGCUAUAUUUCUCAGCCGUAUUUUGUUAUUCGUUUUAAAUAUACGCCAGCUGUAUUUUUAGCCUCCUUUUUAAGUUCGAAUUUUGUCAGCCAAUGUUGUUCCCAUGGUUUUCGCUUGUAUUGCCAUAAAGCAGGAAAAUGUAGCACUGAGUAGCGCAGCGCAGUCCCCUAUGAAAUAACAUUUGGACGUAACAACCGUAAUUCGGAGGACCGCUGAAAAAGUAAAUGGUGGAUUUUGUUGCGUGUCGAAGAUUGUUCGUGGAUUGUUUGGUUGAUUUUUAACAAAUUUAAAGACUCCCUGAUGAAAUCAUCUCUUUUUUCACUUUUUAUAAUUUUUUUUAUUAAAAUAAUCAAAGCUCAAUUUCAUAAACUUUAAGAAAAGACCCAAUUCUUAUAAACGAAUAAAGAUGGCGUAAGAAACUAGUCAGAAAUUUGAAAAAGCUAAGCAUGAUUGACCUUUUAAUAAACAUGACACAUUAUAUAAAUAAUAAAAUUAUUAGAAUACAAAUAAACUUUUAAAUAAAUUGAUUUUUUUUUUAUUUCCAUCAACCAUAAAAUUUAUCUCAUAAAAAUUAUAUGUCUAUUAUUAUUUAUAUUAAUUCAUGUCAGCUUCUCCUUAAAUAUUAUGAAGAAGAAGGCAUGAAAGAAAAAGGCAGGGAAAAGUAUUAAAGGUAUUUACAAUUAUUUGGUGCAUUAAGUAAGAUUAAGUAGAAAAAAUCAUUUUUAAAAGUCCAGACUUUCUAUGACUACCAGCAUUCUGUUACUUAUAAUUUUAUGUGCCAUAGAAUUUUGUUUAAGAAUGCUUUUUCUUCUGAACUUUUAAUUUGACAUAACAAACAUAUUGAUAACUCACACCCUUUAAAUUUAAAAGGGUCAAACAAAUUUAUUGUUUCAAUUUUGUAGUGUUUCUGUGAAGUAAAAAUGUAAAAAGAAUUUGGUAGAAGCAAGAUAUAACUUUUUUUUUGAUAUUCAUCCUCUUAUCAUCACCUUCUCAUCGCUAGUGAUGACCAUCAUCAUUCAUCAUCAUUCUCGGGUUAACGUCCGUUUUCAAUGCUAGCAGGGGUUGGACGGGGUAUAUUAAUGACCCUCUUCCAAUCUGAUCUAGACUGUGUUAGAUCUAAACUCAACUUCCUCUGUAUCAAGUCUGUCCUUAUAACCUCCUGCCAAGUCUUUCUCAGUCUGCCUCUGGGCUUUGCCCCAAAAACACUUUCUUACCCAAUUAUCCCCCUCCAUUCUUUCCAAGUUCCCCAGCCAAUUCAAUUUUCUUAUCUGGAUAACAUCUUUAAUUCUAAGGAUACUUCUUCUUAACUCAUCUGAACUCUUUCUGUCUCUCAGACUGGCGUUACACAUCUACCUAACCAUUCUCAUAUCAUUCCUUUCUAAACUGUCAAGAUCUUCCUGCUUCACUGCCUGUGUCUCACUACCGUACAACAUAACACUUCUUACACAGGCCUCAUACAACCUACCUUUUAACUCAAUUGACAAGACUCUGCUAGUCAACAAAGGAAGUAACUUUCUGAACUUUUUCCAAGCAGAACCUAUUUUGCAAGUAACACUUCUUUCCACUGAAUUGCGAGUCCACCGUGCAAAGUGGGAUCAGGCCUUGGAAUUCAUUUACAUCCCAGACGUCUUUUAGACAACUUUUGCUAUUCUAAAAGACGUCUUUUUUAGCGCUAAUUUGUCCGUCUAUAAUGCAUCUUUUUAACCGUCUAAAAGCGGUCUUUUUAAAAAAGCAUUUUAAAAGAUCUCUUUUAGACAUCUUUUAAAAAACGUUUUUCAAAAAAUUUUUACGACGCGCCUUUUUAAAGACGUUUUCUAGACCUUUUACAGAUGUAGAAGCCACUAAAAUGCAUCUUAAAUGCAACUUUUUAAAUGCAUCUUUACAAAGAGAUUUUUUAUCCAUCCCUUUUUUGUUUUCUUUAUUAUUUUAUAAAAUAAAUUUAAGACGUUUUUUUACAUUAUCGUUGAAACGUACAGUUUUAAUAAAUUGCAGAAAUAAUGAUAUCACAGACUACAAAUAUUUUGUGAUUAAAAUAUUAAUCACAAGUAUUAUAUCAAAUUCGUAUUGACACUUUAAACAAUAAAUAUAUUUUACAAUUACAGUAAGCAAAUGUAACCGAAAAUAAAUAAACAAAUAAAAUAUUAUUUAUAAUACACACUAUACAAUUAAAUCAUUCAUAUUCAUAUUUACAAAUUCUAAUUAUUAAAAUAUUCUGUAUUAUGAAUUCUACCUAAUGAACUUAUCCAUGAUUAGAGACGUAUACUAAUUUCUACGUCAGUUUUAAAAGCAUGCUAUUAAAGCUUAAAUUAGAACUCUAAUCAAAAAAAUCUCAAGCAUAUUAAGCUUAGGCCAUAGGAAAGAAUCACCCUAAAAAUUCGGUGAAAAUUGCUAGUAUAGUUAAAAUUCAUCGUAACGUUUGCAAAGCCGAAAUAAACAAAAUAAAUAUUUGAAAUAAUAAAGAAGUCAGUUUAGAAGAAAGAAAAAGAAAAAUAUUAAAGGUAUAUAUAAAUGCCAUUUAUAAACGAGUUAAGUCGAAAGGGCUUUUCCUUUGUUUAUAUAUUUAAUGUAUGUACCCGUUAUGUCUCUGAUUCUCUGACUGGGAGCGUUUUACAGCUCGGCCCCAAUUAUGCGUCGCAAUUCUUGCUCAUUCGCAUCUCGUUGACAGAUUCUAGAGAAAAAAAAUAGCUCAUUUCCAGAUAAAUAAUGGACAUUUAUAGAAACGUAGUCAGAAUACACACCAUACAUAAAGGGUAACAACGUAAUACAUCAGCUAAUACACUUACCCACUAUAAUUUUUUAAAUUAAUUUGCAGAGAAUAACAAAACAAAAGUACUUACUUUUUAAACAACAGGUAUGCUGCAGAUGCUGUCAUUAAAUACCACCAAUUUUUAUUGAAUGUUCCGAUGAUCAAUUGUCAAAGAAUAUCCGCCAGGGGGUGCAGAAAAACAAAAUUAUGACGUAUUGAAAUGAAAACAUAUUAUGAAGGGUUGCCAAAAUACAUUAGUAUUUUAACAAUUAAAAGUGACGGUUACCACUUUUAAUUUUGUGAAAAAUUGAUUUCCGAAAAAAAUAAACAUGCUAACUAAGUUUGCGAACAACCCCAUCUUUUUAAAAUGAAUUUUUCAUAUAAAAAACAAACGUCUUUUGAAAGAUGCAUUUUGACCACUUUUAGAAGUAGAAAAAGACGUCUUUUAAAAGACGGGUUUUAGAUGCAUUAUAGCAAGAAGAGAAAAACGUCUUGUAAAAGAUAUAUUUUAGAUAACUUUUAGAUGCCUUUUAAAAAACCUCUUUUAAAGAGCUUCUAAAAGACAUCUAAAAUGCGUAUACAAGAUACGAAUUUAUUUAGUUUCAAAAGACGUAUAAAAGAUGUCUUUUAAGAGAUGUUCUUAAGAAGAUGCAUUAAAGACAUCUUAAUAGAGUUUUCUAACAGAAGAUUUAAAAAAGACAUCUUGAGAUGUCUUAAAGACGUCUUGUGCCAGUUGGUUAUAACUUUAGAGUGCUAUAAAUCUUUUUUUACUGAGCAAGUUACAUACACAUCGGACUAAAUUUCAUUCAUUUUUCAAUUUAUUUUUUGAUUUUCUCAGAUGUCAGGAUUUAUGACUCAUUGUGGAAUUCUUGGUUGUGAACAAAAUGAAAACUCCUGCUCAGCUAUUUUUCAGAAAUUGACAGUUUGGCAAAGUUCAACCAUGGAUUUAAUUAACUUUUAUAUUAUGUUUGUAUUUUUUUUAUUUUAAUUUAUAUUUUUGUUAUUAUUAUUGUAAAAAAAGAAAGUAACUUUUUUAAUAAAAAUUUUGCUCUAAUUUUUUUUUUAUUAGUUAUUUUUUAUACAUGACAACCACAAAGGUCUGUUUUAAGAAAUAGUAAGAAACUUUUUAUACAAAAAACACUAAGUAGAUAAUUUAGCUGUUUGAGCAGUUAAAACAGGUUACUGUCACCAUUACAUGCACGCACACCUUUUGCCAUGCAUACAAAUAGUCAGGUAACCAUGCAGGUUAUUCAUGCUUGCAAAUGUCUUUAUUAACCUUUAGAGUGCUUUUCUCUUAUCAUUCUUAUGCAACUUUAAUUUUGAUUUGUUACACUGCCUAAGGACAAACUUUGUCAUUACAGUUAUGUUUUGUUAAUAUAAUCUGUUAUUUGCAAAAUAAGGCUCACAUAUAUAUUAUUUUAUUAUACAUUUGUUUCUAAAAUGGACAUGAUUUUCAGUAAUUUAACAUUUUGCUGAAGAAUGCACCCAAAGAACCUCACUUUAUCAUUGUUGCAACGUGAGAGAUAUGGGCGGCAUGCAUCACAUAAAAAAUUAUUGGAGUUUUUAGAACAUAAAACUGCAAAUCACAAUAGUGUACAUCUGACUUACCACCUACAGCAACCAGCAAGAUCCACAUUUGUGAUAACAUUUAGUCCAGACAGAACAAAAAUUGCCACCAGUCAUGGUAACCACACGGUGAUAGUAUCAGACUGUUACUCAUGCAAGGUCAUACACACCCUACAUGGUCAUCUAAGAACACCUUGGUGUGCAUCAUUUCAUCCAAGAAUCAACAGUAUUUUAGCCUCUGGCUGCCUUGGUGGACAAGUACGUUUAUGGAAUUUAAAUAAUAUAACUGAUGACAAUGUGAUCUUUUCGUUGCAAUCCGUGAUAGCAUCGAUCAGUUUUCAUCCAGUUGAUGACAUACUAGCAAUUGGCACGACUAAUAAGAUUAUCCUUUUCGACUGGAACCAACGGCGACAACUGCGAAUCAUUCAGACGAAACAUCAUUCCGAAAGUGUUAGGCUUGUGCGAUUUCUACAAUAUGGAAGCAAAUUACUAACAGGAAUUGCAAAUGCAUCCACACAGUAUUGUAAGCCGACGAGUCUGAAUGUAAGCACGAGAGGAAACUCAUCUGGUCAAGCUGUUGUACAAACAGUUACUUGCAUGCGAAUGCAAAAGAGACCAUCAACAAAUCAAAAUGUCGACAGCGCUACAACCACAAAAAGAAGUAGAAAUAAAAAAAGUCCGAAUGACCAGACUGAAGGCACAACAAGCGCAUCGUCUAGUAGGGAUCAUCUUCAGGAUCACCUCGCUCUUUCUGACCAUUCCCAAGAGGCAGGUCCUUCGACAAACGCUAACAUCAAUACAUUGAAUGAGGAAGACAGGGCUAGUAAUACUGAAUCAGCGCCAAACGUAGGCUCUGCUACUGCUACUGCGAAUAUGCCCGUUGAUCAGCAGUCUAACACAAACGAUUUUCAACAUAACACUGUAGAUCGAAGUUUUACACAAGUGGAAAGAGAACAGGUGUCCCUCAAUAGGUUAAGACUUCACAGACCUUUGUCUUCUAGAAGUCUGACGCCGCUUUCUUCGCCAAUGAAUGCUGUUGCCACGCUACGUCCGACAUCUUCCUCAACGUUAUCGCUGCUUUCCGACGAGACUGAAAGUAAUGAGGACUUGAAUAGUUCGAUAAGUUUUGCAACUACUACUAGUGAUGAAGACGUGGAGCCACGUUCUAUAAAUGUCUCACGGCAAGUUCGAUCGGAAAUUUGGAAUUUUACCCUUGGUGAAGCAAUGCCAUCAGAUCAGGUAAUGGUUUCAGAAAGCUUUAAUGAAAUAGAUGUCUCUGUGGAGGGAGCCGCCUCAACCAUUCCCGUGCACGGCUUUGUCACCUUCCCAUCAUCUGAUGCCGGUGGACACAGCGCUAGUAUAUCUUAUCUGAGUAGAAUGAGAGCACAGACAGCCGUGGCAACCGCUACAGCAAGGUCCAGUCACCACGUCCACACAGCGGUUGUAAUCGCAUCGCAAGAAGACGAACACUCAGAGGCGGCUCUGCAAACCGCAGUCAAUCGUGCCAUUGCGGGUGCGUUCGCAGGAAGUGGGGAAGGUGCUGUUGCGAAUAACAUUAUUGACACUACGCAUCGACUUCAGUUAUGGGACUCCAAUUGCAGUCAGUACCCCGAUAUUAAAGAUGAAAACAAGAACGUGGUUGUUCCGUACUGUAAAAUACAUAACGAUUCAAGCGUUGAUGUUUCGCAAGAUGGUAGUCUGGUUGCGGUGUUCGUCCCUAGCGAGCAUGGUUUUCCGAUGGAUGCACAGCUUCAAGUCAUUUCGCUACGGCCAGAAUCUUAUCUACAGUGUAUAUACUCCAGGAAAUAUGGUCCUAACGCUGUAUCAGUGAGCCUCUCUCCACUCAGUAGAUUUGUUUUGGUUGGGUUAGCAUCACGGAAACUUCACUGGCAUCUCACUGCUCACCAGCUAGUGGGGCAGAUUCUUCAACUACCGAAAGACGACGAAUUUGUACAUUCCGACACAACAAAGGCACUUUCUAAUAUUCUACACAAGUGCAGUCAAACUCAACGGUCCAACGUAAGUGUCAACACUGUGCGCUUUCAUCCGAGUCCUGGUAUGGGUAUAAUCUACGGAACAAACAGAGGUCAUAUUCAACAUUGUCAUAUUGGGCCCGACAUGAAUCUAAAUGAAAAGAGAAAGGUUAUUAAAAAGAAGUUGAAGUAACUGCAUUUUUAUCAGACAACAAAUAUAAAAAUAGCAACGAAUCUAGAAUUACUAAAUGCAUUCUUACGAUUCUCUAAAUAUUCACUGUCGUCUAGUAGGAUGCUACCACGAUGAAAACACUUUGUUAUUCAGUUGGAUGGCACCGUGAAAAAAACUUGUAAUGUUGAUCCAAGAUGAGCUGUGUGUAACCAAAACUGCACAUGUGGAGUUGAUCUGAACUAUCUAUUAUACGUUUCCGGACUUCCUAGCAUGAUCAACCGUCUCAAAUGGUUUGAGAAAGAAGAAAUUUCAUAUCACUUAUUUACUUUAAACUUUGUAUUAAAGCGAAGCUAUAUUAUAUAAUAUUUUUUAUGUACAUAUUUUCUAUUCCUGUACAUACUCACAUUUGUUGUACAUUACUUUCUUCUGUGGAAUACAUUAAUAACUAAAA